AUGCCUAAAAGCCUUCAACAAGGGGUAGAAACAGAGCUUCUACCCGCGCUACACCGUCGUUCUGAGGCAUUGGCAACAUUAUGCAAGCUUAAAUCGCCACAAGCCAACGUCACCAGUCCCGACCCGUGCGAUGGUGAGUCCGUCGGCUGCUACGACUCGAAGAGCAUGAAGGUUUCAACAAACUUGAAUGAACCCACUGUAGUAACUCUGGAUCUUGCACCCCAUGAUCCUCGCGCUGUCGAUUGCAUGAUCCAGUAUUUUUAUCAUCUCGACUAUCAACCCCCACAUUCAAACUUUCCGCUUGAUAAAGAGGAGACCGAAGAGGAGAUCAUUCCCACAGCCAAGCCAUCAGAUAUUCUCCUCCAUACUCGCGUUUUCAUACUUGCGGAGACAUAUGCCAUCGAUGGACUGAAAUCGUCGGCUCUCUGCAAAUUAGAAGCUGCAGUGCAAGAAAUCACCGACGUGGAUGACUUCUUAGUGGCAACCCAUGAGGCGUAUACGCAGGCGCCAGAUUUUGAAACCAGACUACGACAUGUUCUGGUCGCGGCGUUUUGCAAGCACCACUCAAAGCUGCUAGCUAGUAGCAAAACGAAGGACCUCAUGAGCAGUAAUGGUUCCCUGGGUUUUGAUAUUUACCAAUAUUCUCAUCGUGAUAAUCUUUUUGGCUUUAGAGUAUCUCCUCAUUACGCACGCCUGCUUUGGCAUAAAAACCUCCAGCGUCCGACGCAGUUUGCCAGCAUUAGCAGCAGCUCGGGCCAACAGCUGUAUCCUCUUCUCUCAGUCACUGCGGAAGCCUUGUGCCCAAGCCACCGCAUCCCCACUCUCGGUGAACCUGGGGUACAGUUGCGUCCCGGUCAGUGUGCAGCACACUCUCCGUAUCUGAUCCCUAAUGGGUUCAGCACGGACGCUGCAUUGAUUGGCCACUGGAGCUAUGUUGCGUGUCGACCUCGACCAAAAAUAUGCAGCUCGCCCAUGCUCAUGCCUCCAAACCUAGAAGAGGAAGUAGCUUGGAAAGAUGUGGUUGAGACUUGCGCAAGGGUUUUGGAUUUUACGAGGAAGCAUGAGAAGAGUGCGACCGUACAUGGGUGGGUGGCACGCAUCUUGGCUCACCAGGAUCACUUGGCUCGCAAUGGUGAGCUAAGUGAGCCACAACGAGCCUCGUUUGUAAUAAGCACACCCAACUACGACCGACUAGUCUGUCCCUCGGAAACGACCGGCUCUCACACAAAGCAAACCGCCCCCCCACGGAAGAAGGAAGACCUUCUUCAGCAGAGAACAAGCAACUCGGCUACUGCACCCAAGAAGAUCACGUCAAUGAAUUCAGCAAUCGCCGCCUCGGAACCUUACACUUUCAUCGUGGGGCCUGACAGCCGCAAGUUUACGAUUCAUUCCGCACUCGUCGCCAAGCUGUCUCCAUGUCUCGAGAGACUGGUGAAUGGACCUAUGCGAGAGGGCCUUGAAAAGAGUGUUACGUGGGAUUCGGUCGACGCGGUCACAUUCGGGUGUUUCUUCCAAUAUGCCUACACAGGCAGCUACGAUGUCCGCAAGGAGCAACAGCUAGCGGCAUUAAAGGUCGAAAUUCGAGACAAAGCAAUUGAUCUAGAAUGGCCGGAUACUCCUACAGAUGGAACAGGAACACAAGCCGUUGAGCCUGUCGACUACGGGCUGGAUGAACCAGUUGACUCUGUUCAAACCAUGGCGGAGCCAGAGCCUGAGCCACCAGCGGAGGAUGAUUAUCGGCCAACCCGCGUGAAAAAAGGUAAGAAGAAGAAAGGCAGAUACGAGUCUCCGGAACCUUCAUCGGAACUAGAAGAACCUCCGUCGAAGCAGGAAACAUUAUGGGCCAAGUUUGUCGCACUUCGAAGGACCAGCGUUAGCCUGAAUGCGGUAGCUGGAGCCGAGGAAGUACCUGCCGAGACAGAAGACUUGGUAUCUCACGCAAAGGUCUACGUCUUCGCCGACUAUCACGGUAUUGACAAACUAACGACGAUAUCAUACAACAAUCUCCACCGCUCUUUGAUUGACUUGAACCUACAAGCGAAGACCUUGGCUGGUGUGAUAGCUCUGUUCCAAUACUCUUAUGAGACACUCGUUCCCGACGACUUGAGAGACCUCAGUACUUUUCGCCGCCUGCGAAGUCGAAAGACUGUGGAAAGUCCCGGAGUUCCGGGAUCUACUGGACAGCCAUGCUGA